CCACUAUUUACUCUUAUACUAAAAUUUUCAACAAAAAAUAAUAAUUUGCUUCCUCCUAAAAUUUUUGUAUUAGCAAAUUUUUGGUCCUUUGCAACUUUUGUAUCUUUUGGCUCCCUAUUUAUUAGACAAAUUUUAGGUAAAAGUUCUCUCAAAUAUGUCGGAUGCUGAGAUGCCCAUGCCGCUGUUGGAUGAGACUCCUCUGAAUUGCAAGGACAUAGAUGACUUGGUCUUUACUCCGCGCACGAGCAGCGCCGACUUGCAGCUCAAUGAGCAAAUAAAUGCGAUCAGUGAUCGGCCCAUGCUGUCUACGCCUUUAGUGAUGGUGAAUCCAUCGACGACGUGUGCAAACAGUCCGGAGGCGAAUGCCACUGAUGUGGAAGAUUCAUCGGAUCUGUCGUUCUCCUCAUCGUUUGCGUCCUGCAAUUCUUGCAUUAAUUUGAGGCGCGCUCUGUUGCAACGCAAUCAACGGUCCUCCAAUCAGAGUGUGGACAGCAAUUUCGACAAUAUGCAAUCGGCGAUGAGCUCGAUUACAGUGCAGCUGAACGAGGAUCAUGUGGGCGAUAGUCCUGAUGAUGAGGGCAGCAAAGACGACAAUGAGAAUGACGAUGCCGAGGUCAAUGGCUGUGGCGAUUGCCACGGCAAUGAGGCGCACAUUGUGCUCGAGCGGAAAAUCAUUCAAAUGACAGAUGAUGAAGCGGCCAGCGAGGAUGCUAUGGACAUGGAGGAGAUCUACACAAAAUUUAAGGCUUGCUUUACACCCCAAGCAAUCGAUUUGGCCUUUCAGUACUUCGAGCAGUUCGACUUCGAUGGCGACGGCUUCAUUGUGCUCAACGAGCUGAAGCUAAUGCUCGAGAAGCUCUCAGUGCCGCAAACCCAUUUGGCCGCCAAGCGAAUCAUGAACAAGAUUGCGGGCGAGCACGAGGAAUAUCUAUCCUUUUGCCAAUUUCUACUCAUCUAUGCCGAGGUGCGUAAUCUGCCUACGCAGGACAUUCGCAGCAAGCUGGACCAUGAAUACACGGAGAAGUUGGCCCAUUCCGUGGCCGUCGAUGUCUCGGCGGUGGGAGUGAGCGGUGCCAAGCGUUUCUUUGAGGCCAAGAUCGAGCAGCAGCAUCAACAGGAGCGGCAACACAGUCGCAUACUGUUGGCCAAGCAGCGAAAGGCGCAAGAAACCGAAAUGGAUCGCUUGAAGCGCGAACAGUUCGACUUGGUGGCCGCAAAAUUCAAGAAACGCCAAUCCGCUGACAGCCAGUGAGCCGAAAAAUGUUUCUCAUAUACUAUAUAUUACCCCAAAAUUGUUUCUUUACGUAGCCCACAAAAAAUUGUUACAAAAAAUUAAAUGUUUACCUUCA